CGAGCGCCCGCCGCCGCCGCCGCCGCCGCGUGUCUUGCUGAGGUGGAAGCCGCGGCCGCUCCCGGGACGGCAGCUUGGUCCGGCCGCCGACAGAGGGCUCGCGCUCCUCUCGUUCCGCGUCCUGUCAGUACAGAUGAGGUGUGUGGGUGGUGGUGCCAAGUAGGCAGCGUCCAGCAGCAGGACGGGCGGGCAGGCAGCAGCAGGUGGCAGUAGGUGGAGCAGCAGUAGCUGGGGGAGGUGGAGGGGAGGAGGAGAAGGAGGGGAGAUAGAUGAAGGUGGUGGUAGCCCACUUUCAGACAGCUACAAUACAACAGCUGGCCACAACAACUAGGACACAAUGGGGUCAGAACAGCACUAUUCACUGCGGUGGAACGACUACACGGUCAAGAUUGUUACAGCGUUCCAGUCGUUACGGGACGAGGAAGAUUUUGUUGAUGUUACCGUGGCCUGUGACGGUCACUCCUACUCGGCCCAUAAAAUGGUGCUUUCCGCGUGCUCUCCAUAUUUCCGGGCUCUACUCAGGGCCAACCCGUGCCAGCACCCCAUAGUCAUCCUAAAAGAUGUGGGCCACGUCGAAUUGGAGAGACUACUAGAAUUUAUGUACAAUGGUGAGGUGAGCAUAGCGCAAGACCAGCUAGCUGCCUUCCUGAAGACCGCGGAGAACCUGAAGAUCAGAGGAUUAGCUGGGUCCUCCGAUGAGAUGGAUCAGGCAGGGUUGCAUAGACCAGAUGUGUCAUACAGUUAUAGCAGCUGUGCCAUAGGCGGAGGGGGUACUUCUGGCCGAAGUAGCCCUUCCGCUGGUUACGCCCCCAGCCAAGGCUCAAAAGACGACGAAAUUGUAGGUGAUGGAAGUGGAGGCUACCACACUAGACCUGAGUCACCCCCUAGCAAGAGACGGAAACGAACAAGUGCCCCUGCUGCUGGCCAUGCUGACUCCAACACUGCUAGUCACACCACAGACGUUGUGGGUGAAACACCAGUGGAGGUUGAUAGUGGUGGAACGUUGGGCGGCGGAAGCAUACCUGGGGAAGACGACUUGAGGUUAGACCGGAGAGAACUGAAGAGCGAGCCGGGUGACGCCAUGACGGAAGUGUACAGUGAAUCCUCCGAGAUAAGCACCGAUCCGCAAUCUCACUCGGGUGAGGCCCUGGAUCCACGGCAGUCUGUAAUGUACCCUUUAGCAAUGCCUGGGCCCUCGGGAUCGGCAGGAGGACAGGACAGCGUGGGUCCUCAUGAACCGGGCGAUGUGUCCGCCUUGAUGGCAAUCGCUAAUGCGGUGCAGGCAACGGCGCCGUCGGAUCGCCCCAUCAAGUGCCCAUUGUGCCAGAGCAUCAUCAAGCAGGCACGCAACCUCCGGCGCCAUGUGUUCAAGCGUCACUUGCCCGCCGCCAAGCGAGGUGAGAUCACGGAGGCGGACGUGAAGAACGUGCUGGAGCGCAAGCUGAAGGCCAUCACUGUCACGCCGCUCACGGAGGAGGAGCUGCGGGCGGUGCAGCAGCGGACCCGUCGCAAAGGCAUGAAGACACCCCGCAAGAAGAAGGGCGUCGCCUCCUUGCCGGACGGUGUCAAUGGGUCGAACAUUAAUGAGUCAGAGGUGACAAUACGCAAGCUUCCUCAAAAGAAAGACAAAAAGGAUAAGGUAGGAGGCAUAACAGGCUUGUCUAGCACAUCCACUAACUUAACCGGAGAAACCAGUCGCGAGGGCCGAGAGGACAUCUUGCAGGAGGCUCUGGCUGCAAGGGACAAAGACAUAGCCCCUCAAGAUGAGGUCAUGGACUUGGCUACGACCCAGCAGCAAUUGCCCCCCAUCUCUGUGGUCGUGUCUCACAGUGGCCAUUCUGGGGUGCAGGUAGGAACCCAGCCCAUGUCUCUCACUGUGACACAGACUGCAGGAGGCGUUCAUGCCAGGAUACCCGCCGAGGCAGCACUAGGAGCAGGGGUGCGCUUGCAGGCUGACUCCCCGCUGCCUCUCCACCGUGACCUUCCCACGAUGCCGCCUAUGGCAUUUGAACCACAGGUCACCAUCAGUGAAGGUAUGGUGACUUAUCACACCACCUCCCCCUCCCAAGUUCUGACCCAGACCACUUCUUCCUCCCCGUCGGCGUCGGGUUAUACUCCAGCCUCGUAUUGGUCCCCUCCAGGAGUCGCAGGCCUUCCAGCAGGUACUUUCCAGCCUCACCAGAGUGUGUUCGCUCCAGCGCACUCAGAGUACUUCGCUGCGGGCGUGCACAUGGCACGUCCUGCCUCGCUCGAGCGCAUGCAGCAGCACCGACGCAAACCCUACCAGUGAAAGUUUCCUUGGUCUUUGUUUCGGUAUUAGUGAAACAAGAGAGCUCUUAGGCCUCCUGCAGCAGGGAUGGUCAAGGUUUCCUGCAGAUUCAAGACAUCGAGAAGGGCUGUGUGCUGACCCUCGAGAAAGCAGGUGUGAGGGGUCACAGUAGCAGUGCCCCGAACACCACCAUGUCAGCCUUCAGUAGAUACGAGUCUGUGUGCGGCCAUCUGCAACAGAUAGACUCUUUGGUGAUUAUUAUGCAUGCAGCCUCCCACCACCACGAAUUAAUCAAAAUCAUCUUUGCUGAUUUGUGAAAAAUGUUAUUCGUGCAGAAGAUCAGAAUCGGGUAGGAUAAGCUGUUGUAACCGUAGCAGUUCCAGUACGUUUCCGUGACGGGAUGGGAAAUCCUACGGAAUUACAAUCACCAUUACAAAAAAAAAGUAAACAAAAUAGUAUCACUGAUACAUAAAAUAUGAUACAGGAAAAAAGGCAUCACUGUACUCACAUUUACCAGGAAACCAAUCUUAUAAUGCUGUGCUGGACUAAGCUCUCGAAGUCGAGGUGACUGAAAGUUGGCAUGAACAGUAGGUGAUUGCUGCCCCCUCGUCUGAGUGGGCAGUGUGUUGUCACCGUCACCAAACUCGUAGUGGAGUAGAGUACAACAAUUUUUAUAUAGCAAGGACAGCAAAUGAAUACUUGUCCAUUUUAAUAUUUUAUUUGGUACUCAUGGUACAAGUGAUUUCUUUCUAUUAUGAAUGAGAUUAGUGUUUUUAUCUGUGCUUUUUUCUUGUAGCUUGUGUAGUGGGAGAAGGUAGGUGUGAGAUCAGACAAGUCAAGUGUAGGUACGGCUGUCAGGUCGUCAUGUCAUUUAGUGUAUUUCUCUGAUAAAUGUACGACUACAUGGCUGAAGUGGAGUGCGUGUGUGAUUACAGAUUUCCGUGUGACCAGUUAUAGUCACUGGCGUUGGAUAAGGGGAGAGGGAGGGUGAAAGGGAGAGUAGGGAGAGGAAGAAUGAGACUUAAAAUUAUAUGGAAUUUAUUUUUUAUCAGAUAGGGAAAAAUUGUAUGGUAUGAGCUUU